CGGAACAACGUUUGCACAUGACCAUAACUUUGGAAUAGAUCCUGUAAUAAACGAUUUAACAAAUAUUAUUGCUAAAGAACUUGACAAAGAUUCUGAACAUUCCUUUAAAACUUUUGGGUGAACAUUAUCUGGACCUACUGAUUUAAAUGCUGACAGAGAUGUACGCUUGGUAUAUGAAGAACUGCUUAAAAAUUACAAUAAAAAUUUGCGUCCUGAUUACUUAGGGGAUUCGGUUAAUGUGUUAGUGGAUGGUACUAUAUUAUCAUUUGGUAAAGUUGAUCCAACAAAUAUGAAAUAUACUGUUGAUAUGUAUUUUCGACAACGUUGGAAUGAUUAUCGAUUGAGACAUAAUUUAACUGAGAAACUAACCAUUAUAUCAGGAAGUGAUUAUCCAUCAAGUAUUAUCUGGACACCUGAUACAUUUUUUUUAAAUUCAGUUUCCAGUAUAUUCCAUCAUGUUACUGUAAACAAUCAUAAAAUUGAUAUUUACCCAAAUGGAUUUAUAUUUUGGGGAACAAGAGUCACAGCUUCUCCUGUGUGCAACUUUAAUUUAGCUUCAUAUCCAAUGGACACUCAAAUGUGUGAUAUUAAGAUUUCAAGUUAUGGUUUAAGUUCACGGCAUAUAAAAUAUAAAUGGUUGCGUAAUCCUGGAUUUCGUUUGCUAAUAAAAAACAUGGAUCAAUUUUCUAUACUGAGCUAUAAUACAAGUUCUUUUUACGAAAAAAAUGAUAUGGGAAAUGAAAUAUCUGUUCUUUAUGGUAAAUUUAUAUUUCAGAGGCAACUAGGUUUUGCUAUAUUUGAAAUAUAUAUACCAUCUACUGCUCUUGUUUGUUUAUCUUGGGUUGCACUAUGGAUGCCAAGAAGUUGCCCACCAGUACGAGCAGUACUGUGUGUUCUCAUCUUACUUACUGUAUCAACUGUUUGGGCUUCUAUAAAUGCUAAGCUUCCAGAAGUGAGCUAUGUGAAAAAUAUUGAUGUUUACAUGUUUGUUACAUUCUGUUGUGUGAUUCUGAAUCUUAUAGAAUAUGUUGUUCUAAUGAACCUCAAUGCAAUUACAGAAACAUUUCUUACAAAACAGAGGAAAAAAGAAAAAAAGGAAAAACGGGUUAGUUUUCAAAAAAAUGUGAUUGAAAUGCAAUCUCUGCAGUAUGAAAAAAAAAUGACGGAACCGAUAAAAAGCGUUAAAACUAUGUCGACAGCUGACGUUAAAGCUCUGGCUGUUGUAGUCGAGCAACACAAUGUAAAAAUAACAGGGAAAUUAGAAUUUUAUGCACGCAUAAUUUUACCUCUUAUAUAUAUCAUUUUUAAUAUUUACUAUUGGUAUACAGGAAUGAAUAGUUACAAGUUAAAGCAUGUAGUUUUUUGAUCGAAAUCACUAAUUAGAAUUUAUAAAUAAAUGUUUAUGGGGCCAUCCAUAAAGGACGUCAUCCAAAUAGGGGGGAGGGGGUCGAGUUAAAACGGACAAAAAAAGACAAGGGGAGG